AUGUAUUCCUCGUGUCGAAUUUAUCUCUUGUAUCUUAUUGACAAGUUGUUGGGAGGCUGUAACCUUAAACAAAGCGGUGGACAGCUUUGGAUAUUUGGUGGAGAAUUUGCAAGUCCAACACAAUCACAAUUUUACCAUUACAAAGAAUUAUGGGUCUUUCAUUUGAAAGAUAAGAGAUGGGAAAAAAUUCGUGUCCCUGGAUCACCAUCCAGCAGAAGUGGUCACAGAAUGGUUAUUUGUAAGAAACAGCUGAUUGUGUUUGGAGGUUUCCAUGACAACAUUAGGGAUUACAAAUAUUUUAAUGAUGCAUUUGCAUUUAAUUUUGAAACAUACUCAUGGGAUAAGCUUGAGAUAACAGGUAAUCCACCAGCCCCACGGUCAGGAUUUAUGAUGGGGGUGUUCCAAGAUAUCCCUAAAGCAGUGGUGUAUGGAGGCUACAGCAAAGAGAGAAUUAAGAAAGAUGUUGAUAAAGGAACAAUACAUACUGAUAUGUUUAUAUUGUGUGCCUGUGAUGGAAGAAGAUGA